ACUUUAAACAAAUCUGAACUAAAGAGGGAUGGAGGGUGCGGGGUGGAGGGACGCUGUGUAAAGAGGGAGGAAGAGAGAGAGAGAGGUGGCGCGAUAGAGAGAGAGAUUAUGAGAGAGGGAAAGAGACCUGUACCGUUCACGUACACCGGCUUCUAGUCCGGCACCCUGUUGAUGUGGAUGUGACUGCCGGCCGUCACGAUUCCUGACACGUCCGUUUCGCCAUGUCCUCAUUGUCCCCGUGUGGAUCCCAUGCAGACGCAGGUCGGUGUUUGCCCCAGCGGCGGAGCCACACAGCAGCGGGAUCAUGUCUCCGCCACAGCCAGCCCGCCGCCUCCUGCUGACGGCAGGAACACAGCUGAGAGACAGUGCUGUUGCUACCUGCUGGGUCUGUCCAGCCACCAUGCAGUGUUCUUGGAAGUUCAUGGUGCUGCUAGCAUUAGCUUCAAUAGCCAUCCAGUACACGGCCAUCCGCACCUUCUCCGCAAAGCCUUUACGCCUGCUGUGCUCUGUGGGCCUGGCUCCCGCGAGCCACUCUAUCAACUGCACCCUCAAAGAUCUGACUCGAGUGAGCCGGGAGACGCUCGAGGGCUUGGACCAAUGCUGUGAUGAGAUCCUCUCCCACAUGCCCUCCUCCCCCUCCUUCUCCCUCCCUUCCUAUAAUGGCAACAAAAGAACCCACAUCCUGAUUCUGGCCACCACGCGGAGCGGAUCCUCAUUUGUGGGUCAGCUGUUCAAUCAGCAUCCAGAGGUCUUCUACCUGUUUGAGCCUCUGUACCAUGUCCAGUUGGCGCUGCUUCCUCGGUGGGCGCAGAGUCGGAGCCUGGCUGAGAGGAGGGUGAUGCUGGGAGCAGCCAGAGACCUGCUGAGGUCUCUGUACCACUGUCACCUCAACAGUCUGGAGAGUUACAUACGACCCCGUCCUCCCAACCACUCCACUGACAAGCUGUUCCGAAGAGGAGCUAGCAGGUCUCUGUGCUCCCCUCCUGUAUGUGAGGCUCCUCUAGGCCCAGAGGAGCAGAGCAUGGUGCUGGCUGAUGAGGGGGAGUGUGUGAGGAGGUGUGGGCCGCUCAAUGUGUCGCUGGCCGCUGAUGCCUGUAGAGCAAAGCGCCAUGCAGCCAUCAAGACGGUCCGGAUUCCCCAAAUCAGUGACCUCAGAGCGCUGAUUGAGGACCCAAGACUCAACCUGAAGGUGGUCCAGCUCAUUCGAGAUCCACGCGGCAUCCUGGCAUCUCGGAUUGAGACAUUUCGAGACACUUACCGGCUGUGGCGUCUGUGGAGAGCAACCGGACGUCGACCCCACAACCUGGACCUAGGGCAGAUCAACACAGUGUGUGAGGACUUCCUAAGGUCUGUGUCCAUGGGCCUGGCCAGACCUGCAUGGCUUAGAGGGAGGUACAUGCUGCUCAGGUAUGAAGACUUGGCCAGGUAUCCACUCCAGAAGACCAGGGAGCUCUACAGCUUCCUUGGUCUAGUUCUGCACCACAGUGUGGAGGAUUGGAUCAUGAACAACACCCGGGGCAGCAGUGAUCUGUCGUCCCGGCAGAAGUUCACCACAGUUCGGGACUCUGCUGCUAACGCUGAGAACUGGAGGGUGAAGCUCUCCUUCGACAUGGUGGUUUACGCUCAGACUGCCUGCCAACCUCUUCUUGAGCUUGUUGGCUACAAGACAGUCUUUCACCCCCGAGAACUGAGAAACCUCUCACACUCUUUGGUGGAAGACAGGACGUUCCGCCCCUUUUUGUAAACAAUGGAUGACCUGCAUAAAUCCAAACUAGACAGUACAGCUGUGUCCAUCCAUUAAUUUAAGUUCAAUAAAACAAUAUGAAAUUGUCCAACUACCAA